AUGCCAAUAGAGGGAAGCUAUGCUAUAUGGAACAAUCGUGGAGGUUCGGGUAAAACCAAUUUAACUUAUCAUUUGGCUAUUAAAUAUGCAUAUCGACAUCCAGAUAAAACUGUUCUUGUUAUUGAUAUGUGUCCACAAGCUGAUCUUAGUCAUGCUUUUCUUGGUGAUGACGAAGAUGGUCGUGAUUAUGUUUCACAAAUUGGUUCACUUAAAAAAGAUCCAAUGAUACUUGAUGGACAACAACGUAUACCACGUACUGUAUCCGGUUAUCUUGACUUAUUUACAUCAGUUGGUUUACCAACAACGGUAGAUCCACGGACAUUUCUAUUUAAUGUAUCAAAAUUUAAUCCUCAAUUACCUCGUAAUGUUUAUCUUUUAUGUGGUGAUACAUCCCUUGAAUUAUUAGGUAAAGCAAUGGAUAUAAAACGAAGUUCAAAUACAAUAAGUCCAUAUUCUAAUCCAUGGCGUACGAUUACACAAAGUUUACGUGCAUUUGUACAUAAAAUAGGUGAACGUCGUGGAAUCAAAUUAAUGACAUUUAUCGAUACAAAUUCAUCAUUUAGUAUUUCAACUGAAAUAGCAUUAACAGCUGCUGAUAGAAUUAUUUUACCUGUUAG